GUGACCUCCCCUUCUCAUUACUCUCCAGUACAAACACCAGCAGCGACAGUAAAAUCCGUAAUUUGCCUCUGAUCUCUUAUAUUUUUGACUUGCCGGAGUUCUGUGAUCUUUUCAGCACAAUUUCUUAUCUUAUCUACCUUCUAACAUGACAACAAGCUGUCGUAGACUUAACAAUGGCAGAAAAAGCUCUGACCCUGUCAACCUGAAUGUAGGUGGGGUGAUUUACACUACCUCUUAUCUCACAUUGGUCAGCUACUCAGAAUCAAUGCUAGCUCGUAUGUUUGAAGGUGACUUGCCUUCAGCCAAAGACAAAGAUGGAAACUACUUUAUUGAUCGAGAUGGAAAACUGUUUCGAUAUAUUUUAAAUUUUCUUCGUACAAGUAAAAUUCACCUGCCUGAUAGUCUGGUAGAAUUACAGCAACUUAGUGAUGAAGUAGACUUUUAUCAAAUUCCUAGUCUGAAGGAAGAAAUAGGCCUUGAAAUUACUCGACGCCAUGAGGAGAAUAUAGUGAAAAUGUUACCGACUUGCUGUGAUUCUGAUGGCUAUUUCCUUGAUGUUUUAGAGCACAAUGGUGUGCAGGCAAACUUCAAGAACCUCCAGCUCAUUGGACAUAUUGAUAUUAUCAAGGUAUUACCUCUUAGCCCAGAUGAUUACGGUGUGCUGCAGUGUUUAGUGGAGACAGUCAAACAGACAGACUACCACCCACACAAGAGCACAACUGGUCAUAUCUGGUAUCUAGGGAAAGGCUGCUUUGAACUGCAGGAUAUCUACUACUUGACACGGGUCGAAAUUGGUGAGUUAGUGCGUGCACAUGGGGCACGCCUUGUGUCGUCAUCAGCAUCAUACACUAACAGCACGGAGACGAACAAUAUGCAGACCAUAUUGAUAAUGGACAAGUGGCAUAUACCUGCCUACUGUAUCCAGAAGUUACGUGCAAACUGUAUGACUUGUAAAGCUCUCCCUCCUGGUCGCACAGUAGGUUUUUUAGACUGGAACCAAGAACACCAACAAUAACAUUUUAUUAGUUUUAUUAUUUUCUUAAAAUUUUAAAUCUAAUAUAAUGUUAAAUUAUUUAUGUCUAUAUCUACUCUGUGACUUUUU